CUUUAUCCGCAUCCAAUGAGAGGGUUAUAAACUUUGGGGACGACCCGACAGUUUGGUUGAGUGCACUGAUUAGGCUGGGUGUCGUGGUGUCAUCCCGCCGAUCCUCGCAACAAUACCUGCAACUUUUUUGCUUUUCGCAUCAAAAGCCCCCAAGUCUCAGGUAUACCCAGAUCAAUAUGUACAAGGUUCAGUUGAAAAUCAUCCGCUUCUUUCUGAUAUAUACGAUAUAUAGGUUGGUAUGGUAGCACAGACCAAAUUCUAUAUUUUUACGUUCCUUCUUCAGUGUUUCGAUAAAUCCGAUAUGUGAAACUGUAUUCGGCGGACACAAGAUUGAAAUGCUGUGUUGGCUCAUCUUCAUUGAUCUGGUGCUGCUAGUCUCAUCUAUGUCGUCUCCUGGAGAAUUCGUCAAUCCGAGUGCAGAGGCGACUCAGAAUCCGAUCUGGGUGACUGGGACUCAACAAAUGUUAUCAUGGGAAACGAGUCUUAGAAACUACACAAUCGCACUAUGGAAUCAAAACGCGGAUGGAAAUGGAUAUUCCAAAGGUCCAGCCCUGUUAGAAUCCUAUGAUGGAGAUACGUCACUGAACUGGACAGUUCAGACAUAUGCAUUCUCAUUAUCUUUAUCUCCUGUGUUUUACCUACUACUUGAGCCCGGGACUCUCAACGAUAACGGCAAUGUCACUAUACCAACCGGCCAAUCUAUCGUCUCGCAUACUUUCAACAUAACCUCGACGACACCGAGUGCAGAAGGGGAUAAGAAAGAUCAUAAACUGGGACUUAUCCUCGCCUUGUCCCUGACCAUUCCAUUCGUUCUUAUAUGUACCGCAUUAGCUAUCUACCUCAUUCGCUCAAGACGACAACGACAACGCGCCCUUGAAACUCCACCACACUAUCAAUACCCUCAUCAUGUUGGAUUUCGACGUCGGCCGAAUCGGUUCUUCCAAACAAACAGCUCCCCUACUGCAUUUACUUUUCCGGAUCAAGAAGACUCUCAAGAUCGAAGGCGAAAGAGUAGCAAAAGCAGCAAUAAUGGCAUUUAUUUUCCACCUCCUCCGACCACUCCAAAGUCGCCUCUGUCGUUCGCAUCUAGUCUCAAAAGCCUACGCGGUCUCAAAGGGAAUACGAUGAGUCCAGGUCAAAACUCAAUUAAUAGUUAUCGUUUCAGUCCAACGUAUCCCCCAAGUCAUCCUCGAGGCCCUAGCGAAUAUCAUCAAACUAAUCAUAUGUCACCUACAUAUUACCCCCUGCAAAGAAUCCCAUCACUUACUUCCACAGAGGCCGGGAAUCCGCACAUUCAACAAUUGCAAGAGGCUCAAGAAGAGCUUUCUAUCGAGCGUCAAAAACAAGGACCACGGGUGGCUUAUCAGCCUCCAGAGAUAAGUCCAUACGACAAACCUCGAGUCGGACAAGAUAACGAGGAUCAGAAAUGGGUCAUUAAACCUUAUGUGCCACCGGAAAUGCCAGCGUCUGUCAAAAAGAGAUAUCUUGAAGGGCAGGCCGAAGAAAGAAUUGCGAGAAGGAAAUACGAUUAUGAUCAGCCGGAUGAACUGUGGUAGGGAAUAAUGAACGGUGUUUGGGCUCAAAGACGAUGUGAGCUGCAGCACAAUUCCACUUAAAUUUUGUCAUCCCGUCUUUAUGGCAACUUUCACUUCUUCUGUAUAUAAUUAAGGACGCGAUGGAGAUUUUUUUCGGAAUAUCUGUAGAGACUAUAUGGAGAGGAGAUACCCAAAGAUGCAACGGCUAGUCACGAAGCCAUAUUUCAUAACCUAUCAUGUAAUUC